AUGUUCGGCAAGCAGACCGGUGAUCGCUUCGAGAAGGGGAAGGUGUCGGAGGUCAGCCCCGGACCCGGAUCCUACGACCUGCCUUCCACCCUGGACAACAAGGGCGCAAUCCUUGACUGGGCGGAGCGGUUCCAGGAGAUGUCGGAGAGCGGCAGCCCCAACCCAAACAACGAGAGCUUCGCGCGGGAGGCGGACUCUUCUCUGAUGGCCACGCCGACGCCCCGGCCUGCGACACCUCGGCCAUCCGAGAAGGAGAAGGACAACAAGGAGAAUCGGAUGCCAGCGCCGCCGUUGUCAGCGAGGGGAAAAGGCCCUGUGCGGAGCAGCAGUCCGCGGAGCUUUCCACAGCCACCGAGCAAGCCGUCCACCACAGCCAAAGCACCUCCAGGCCCACCGGCUUCCCUCGUAAGCGAUGCGGACGCACGGAAGCACCGGGAUCUCCGCUUGGCAUCGCAGUUGGACAUGGUUCGUGAAGAGCUCAAAAACAAGUCCAAGGAGGCAAAGGAGCUCCAGCUUUCCAUGGCCACGAAGGACCGAAGAAUCGACGAGCUGCAGAAGAAGAUGGAGGAGCUGGGCUCUGAUUGCCGUGAGGCCCGCCGCAGUACCGCCGAGGUGGAAGGUGAGCUUGCCACGAAGCGACGGCAGCUCCAUGACAAGGAGCAGGAAUUGCUGGCUCUGCAGCGCAAGCACGAGCAUCUUCGAUCCCAGAAUGAGGACCGCAGCAAGCGUGCAGACAAGAAGGAGGAAGAGUUCCGCACCAUGAGCCUCGAGCUCCAGCGUGCGAAAGCUUGUGCCGAGGCUGCUGCAUCGGAGCGGUCCGCCUUGGAGCGCGACGCGAAGCAGUCCGAGCAGAAACUUCAUCAGCAGCAGCGGCGCUUUGACGAGUUGGAGGGAGGUCUCCAGUCGCACAUCGAAGUCCUCGAGGAGCAGCUCGCCCGCGAAGUGGCUCGACGUCGGGAGAUGGAGGCGCAGCAAGAGGAGGUGGGAGCUGAGCGUCAUCAUGGCGAGUGUCGGCUGGAGGAAUCACAGAAGCGUUGUGACGAUUUGCAGAGGAUGGUGGAGCAGCUGCAAGAAGAGCUGAAGGCCAAGAUUGCCACUGCCAUCACUCGAGCAGAUGCGCAGGCGAAGCUCGAGGACGAAGUGCAGACACUGCGUGCCGAGAAGGAGGCUUCACUCGCGAUCGUGAUGUUGAUGCCUUUGGAGACACUCGUGCUCCACACGGGGCAGACCCUGGGCCUCGCUUCCUUGGAGUUUGGGGCCGGUCGAGGAGGCAGUUCCGAUGGGCCCAAGUCAGGCGCUUGUUCGCUGCAGUUGUUGGAGCUGCUGGGGAAUUCAGACUUCGACAACUUCACGGCUUGUGUGGAGACGCAACUCAACCAAUCGGAUCCCUUGCUCGACGGCUCCAGCGCUGCGGCCUAUGCAGAUUGCUGGUGUGCUGGCAAUGUGAGUUCCUUCAUACGCGCACAGGACUGCCAGAAUCAACGUACCUGGAAGUGGCUGGCCAAGGUGAGCUGUGACGACGACUGCUCAAGCACAGAAGCACAGCACUGUGCGGCGACGUGCCCCAAGAAGUGCUUCGACAUGGACAGCAGCAAGCUUCCAGAGUGCCAGUGCGUUUCGGGCUGCAUGCAGCACCUGCGCUGCUUGGUUCAGGAACUGGGGAACUCGACAUCGCAGGAGUCCGGCCAAGAGUGCUCUGAGCUUGCACUGGCUUCCUCCUCGGCGUUGCAGACGUUUCAGCAGUGUGUUCGCCCAGCCGGGUCCAACUCCACCUGGGACCUGAUGACGAAAAAGUUCUCCUGCCUGUGCGCGGGUGACCUGCAGGAGGAGAUCUACCGCCACCACUGCUGCGACAACAGCAACAAAUCCGUGGAAUUCAUGUCGACCGGGCUUUGUACAGCAAACUGCUCCGUGGACUGCACCGGGGAGGAGGCGCAGGAGUGCCAGGCCACGUGCACUCGCGAGUGUGCCGGAAGCCAUGCGCAAAAACCCUCCGAGGAGUGCGAGUCCAAUUGUCUGAAGGAGAGUGGGCGCUGCAACCGGUACAAAGUCUGUGCGGCAAGAGCUGAAAUCGCACCUGCUGCUGCUUUUCCCUAUGUUUGCGAUGAUGGGCAGGAGCCAAAUGUGGAGACUGGUUGCUGCCCUGGCGUCUACGGUGGGGCGCGGUGCCCUCUCUUGUGUGAAGUGCAGUUCAAGAGAACAUUCUGGCGGCCGGGUCAUAGCUACGCGCGCUGCGAGUGCGGGAGCUGUCCCGCCACGCGUGCAGAGACCCUGAAGCUCAUGAACGAGACGCUGCUAUCUGUCUACGAGCAAGCGGCCUAUCGCCAGCUCAUGUACAUCGUGGUGACACGGCAUCUCAAUGGGAUGAGCUUCGAGAUGCGACGACUCUUCAGCCAGCAGAUCCAGGCAGUCCAGACUGAGAUCAUCUCGCAGGAGUCCCAGUCGACCUGA